UUCCAAAAUGUUAUCUGAAAACUUUAUAUCUUCUUUCAUCCCAUUACCAACUUAAUAUAAAAAUAUUCCUCUCAGCAAGCUGGAAGGCAAAGUAAAAGAUGUCUCAGAACUUGACAACGCUUUGGAUUGCUGCAGCAGUGGCAGUGAGUGUUAUGGGAGUUUUGUUGUGGAAGAAAAAAAAGCACUCGUUUGUCAAAGUUGGAACCAUAUCCAAGCUGUAUUUCUUCCCAGUUAAAAGUCUCAGAGGCAUUGAGAUAAAAGAAGGAAAAUGUACAAAGCAAGGAUUUGAAGUAAAUGGGCUCCUGGAUCGUUCAUUCAUGUUGGUAAACAGUGAAGGAAGCGUAAUCACUCUAGAAAAAUAUCCAAGUUUGGCGCUUCUAACGUUACAGAUUUAUGAUACAAUUCUUACUAUAUCAACACCCUCUGGUAAAAAACUUAAUGUGGAUAUUAAAGACUCUGUUUCUCCAGAUGAUAAAAUUAUUCGUUGUAGGGUGAGCAACGAUUUCACUCAAGCGGUCGAUUGUGGAGAUGAGGCAGCAUCUUUUUUCCAAGCAUAUCUCAACACACCAGAUGCUCGCUUGGUUCGCCAUUUUUCUGUUUUGUCCAAAAGGCAGUAUCAACCAAAAGGAAAAGGGAAAUCUUUUGAGCGGCAACUCAGAAAAGAAAAUCCAAAUCUGGCAUUUCAGAGUUUAGCAGCUUUUCAUGUGGUAUCAAAGCCUUCUGUUGAUGAUUUGAAUUCAAAACUUCAAGGUCACAAGGUGUCAGAGGUUAAUUUCAGACCGAACAUUUUAAUUGACGGUUGCAAUGCUUUUGAAGAAGAUUCCUGGAAGUAUAUUAAAUUCAACAGCGGUGUUCUGCUAUACAACUUCACUUUAUUUCAAAGAUGUUUAUCGACUACUGUUGAUCCGGAUACAGGAGAUAUGAACAUAAAAGAGCCAUUAAAGACAUUAAGAAAGUAUAGGAUACCCACAGAGCCAGAAAUUUUGGAAAAAACUGGGCCGCUUCCUUGCCUUGGAAUAGGAUGUGAAGUGCUGAGAACUGGGGAUAUUGCUGUUGGCGAUGAUGUACUUGCUGCUGUCGGUCCUCAACCAAAAAUGCGAGAAAAAUAAUGUGUUUUACAUGUUCUAACAGAAUUCCCAUGGGAAUAUUUUCAUAAUUUAAUUAAUCAAAAGAAAAUAUUAUGCUUUUAAUUACACAAUGUAUGAAUUUGUAACCAUAUUUUAAAUUUUAGAAAAUUGUUAAAAUAUCCUUGUAAUAAAUAAGUAAUAAGAUAAAGUGU